AUUCAGGCUAACCGUUGCUGUCCGCCAGUCAAUAGCAAUCGACACGCGUGUCAAGUUAGACGUUCAGUUCAGAAUCCAUAGAGUGAAAAUGGUCGUACCAAUUCCGGAAACGAAAGGAGUCGUUGGGAACAAAAAACGUAUUCGGAUCGAAACCAAUCGAAACAAUUUGCAGAUCGUGGGAAACCAGAACCGGAUAUUGGUCAAAGCGAACGAAGGAACACUGAAUGUCAUUGGAAAUUUGAACAAUGUGAAGAUCAUGCAGAACUACGGCAAGGUGAACUACGUUGGAAACGAAGGAUCGAUCUAUCUGAGCGAGAAGAGCAAAUCCAUGAAGGUCAACUACACGGGGAACAACGCCAAAAUCAGGAUCUGCGAUCACGAUCAGUUGUCGGAUCGGUUCCGUUAGAACAUGACAGUGUGCAUUGGUGUUCAAAACAGCAAUCGAAGAGACUGAAUUUACUUGCGUGUUGAACAAUAAAUAAGAUUGUGAUAAUUGAAGGGGAAACGGGAGGAAUAGCACAAGUGUCAAUUACAUGCCUUAGUUAACAGUGAAGUAAAUUAUUUAUUUAUAAAGGGUUGCGAAAAAAGUAAACUUUCCUGUAUGAAUCAUUGUUCCGUUUUAACAAUGUGUGAAAUCCGAAGAAGUGCGCUGAUUCCGCGCGAAUUAAGUCCUAGUUAGUGAUAGUUUUUCGCAUUUUCUCCCCAGCUAGCGAUGAAAAGCAAAAAGACUGAAUAGUUUAAGUGAUUGUUCCUAAGAACAUUUCGAAAUAUAACAAGAAAGUAUUACUGAUCAAAUCAGACUGACAUA